GACAAAGACAAACCGGAGGACAGACACGGAGCAGUAUACAAGAUCAAAUGCUGCGACUGCCAGGCUUCUUACAUUGGUGAAACCGGCAGAAACCUAAGCACGCGACUGACCGAACACAGACGAGCGACGAGGAAUGGUGACGCCAACAAUCACAUUGCUGAGCACCAUUUAAACACGAAACAUCAAAUUGACUGGGACUCUGCGACAUCUAUAACGUAUUCUACAGACUACUAUCAACGUCUUACUUUAGAAAGCUGGUUUACUAACUUAGAACAAACGCCACUGAAUCGUAGCCAACAGUUACCAGCGCCGUACAAACGACUUAUUGACGAGAUCAAGCAAAACUAA